AUGGACUUGGAUAUUGAAAAGAAGGCCACUUCGGCUGUCCAGCCGGCUGAGAGCUUACCCUCGUCUCAUGAUGAUCUGACGGUCGGGGAUAUUCAAGAGCUGAACCCCCUGAAGCGGAAUUUGAAGAAUCGUCAUAUGCAGAUGAUCGCAGUUGGGGGUGCCAUCGGGGCUGGUCUUUUUGUUGGCACAGGAUCUGCUCUUCGAGACGGCGGGCCCGGCUCUUUGCUGGUCUGUUACUUGAUAGUCGGAUUCAUGUUGCUCUUGACAGUCCAAGCUCUGGGCGAGCUGGCGGUUCUGUAUCCGGUUAAUGGGGCUUUCUUUACCUAUUGUGUUCGAUUUAUCAGUCCAGCAUGGGGGUUCGCAGUCGGCUGGGACUAUGCUAUAAGUUGGCUUAUUAUGCUUCCAUUCGAGCUUACAGCUGCGAGUAUAACGAUCAAGUAUUGGAGAGACGACUUGAACGCCGGCAUAUUCAUCGCCGCAUUUCUGGUUAUCUUAAUUGCAAUCCAGUUUUUUGGCGUCAAGGGAUAUGGAGAGGUCGAAUUUGUUCUUGGGGUGAUCAAAGUUGUGGCCGUCAUUGGCUUCAUCAUACUCGCAAUCGUGAUUGACGUGGGCGGUGCCCCCCAUGGCGGAUAUGUUGGUGCAAAGUACUGGCAUAACCCCGGUGCUUUUACCGACUUCAAAGGAUUCUGCUCCGUGUUUGUCACUGUCGCCUUUGCAUUUGGUGGUACAGAGAUGGCUGGUCUCGCUGCCGCGGAAGCAACCAACCCGGCAAAAUCCAUCCCCAAAGCCACAAAACAAGUUUUCUGGCGUAUCAUGAUCUUCUAUGUCUUGGGGACCUUCAUGGUCGGCUUGAUUGUUCCCUCCAACGCUGACUGGCUAAUGGGAGCCUCUGGCGCCAACACGAAAGCCUCGCCGUUCGUUGUUUCAAUCCAAAAUGCCGGAAUUUCGGGGCUUCCCUCGGUCAUGAACGCCAUAAUUACUAUCUCGGUUAUCAGUGUCGCCAACUCUGCGACCUAUGCCUCCAGUCGCACAAUACAAGCUCUUGCUGCACGGGGAAUGGCCCCGAAAUUCAUGGCUUACAUUGAUAAACAGGGAAGGCCCCUAUAUUGCAUUCUGCUCCAGAUUGCAUUUGGGUUUCUGGCAUUUAUCAAUGAAGCACCAUCCGGGAGCAUUAUUUUCGACUGGCUUCUCGCCUUGUCAGGUAUCGGUGACUUCUUCAUCUGGGGAAGUAUCUGUCUCGCACACAUUCGCUUCAGGUCUGCAUGGGCACACAACGGCCAUUCAGUAAAAGAGCUGACAUUUGCAGCCCCUAUGGGCGUUGUCGGAAGCUAUAUUGGCUUGGGGCUGAAUGUUCUUUGCCUGAUUGCUGAGUUCUACGUUGCAGUGGCCCCCAAAGAUGCCGAGAGCUUUUUCCAGAGCUACCUGGCCGCGCCUGUCGUGAUUGCCCUGUUUGUGGGCUGGCUUGUCUACACAAAAUGGAACAAAGACCCCAGCCUUGACCGUGGGGGCUGGUUUGUUCCGAUUGAAAAGAUGGAUGUCUUGAUGCAUAUUCGUGAUGGUGCUUUGGAUGCUGAUCUUCCUCCUAAAGUCGAAUAUCCCACUUGGGGGGGCUGGAUGAAGGCUGCUCCGAUGCGGGUUUUGCGUUCUAUUUUCUAA